CCAAUAUUUGAGAAAGGGGAGACAACUUUUAGGCCGGUGUGAAAACAAACCGAAAGACAAGAUUGCAUCCCCAUGUGGUGAUACACCUUGCUCAGGAGAGGUCCCAGCUAUGCAUGAGGAUAUUAGGAAAUUUACUGGUUCAUGACAUAUAACACAAGUGCUGUGCAUCUGAGUGAAUCCAUAUUACAGUGACUCUUGACUGUUUCUAAACGACUUUCAAGUUCUGUGUUGUCAGUCUAAUGUGAUUGGAAAUUCUACAUCAUAUUUGUUACUACUAUUACUAAUAAGGCUGUUUACUCUUGAGCCGUAUUGUCUGGCCGUUUGUUCAUUACUUAUAUAUAAUAUAACAGGAUAAAUAGGGGCUGUUGUGCUUCUUCUGAAAGUUCUAUGAUGAAGAUGAUGACUGUACAUAUCCAGACUGUCUUCAGCCUGCUGUCUGUAUUCUGGCUUCUUUUAAUGGUGGUCCCUUGUCUGGACGCCAAAAAAAAGAUGCCCAAGUGCUCUGUGUGCAAGGAUAUAGUUGGCAACUUUAACAAGGGUCUCUCAGCCACUGCAAAGUCAAACUAUGGUGGUGGAAAUACAAAAUGGGAGGAGAAGUCUUUAGGAUCCUACGCUACCAGUGAAGUUCGCCUCGUGGAAAUUAUAGAGCAUCUAUGUGAUGACGCUGCUAAAGAGUGUCAUUCAGUAUUAGAGGAGCAUGAAGAGAUGAUCGAGAGCUUUUGGUUUAAAAUAUUUGGACAAGGGAAAGACAAGGAUUUGCACCAGUUUCUGUGCAUCGAAAAUAUGAAAGCUUGCUGCCCUAACAACACCUUUGGCAAGGAGUGCGAAGUGUGCCCGGGAGGGGAAAAAACCCCUUGCAGUGGGAACGGAGCUUGUGAUGGAGAAGGUACGAGGGAAGGAACUGGCAAAUGCAAGUGCAAUUCAGGGUAUAGAGGGGAUCUCUGCAACGAGUGCAAGGAUGGCUACUAUGAAGACAGCAAAACUGACACAGCUUCUGUUUGUAAAGUGUGCCAUAUAGCAUGCAAGAACACGUGCUGGGAAGGAGGACCAAAGGGAUGUGAUGAGUGCAAGGAUGGCUGGCUGUCCAAUGAGGAGCUUGGUUGCCAGGAUGUGAAUGAAUGUUCAGAAGAUCCGUGUGAGGAAAAUCAGUAUUGCACCAACACACAGGGAUCCUACACAUGCUUCACGUGUGACGCGUCCUGUGUGGCUUGCACGGGCUCAGGGCCUGCCCGCUGCACAGAGUGUAAUGCAGGGUACACGCUAAAUGAAAACUUACAGAUCUGUGCUGACAUCAAUGAAUGUGAAGCUGAUAGUUCACUGUGCUCGGGAGAGAACCAGGAGUGCAAAAAUCUCCCCGGUAGCCACGAGUGUGUCUGCAAGGCUGGGUACCACAUGAGAGAUGGGUCUUGUCAACGCAAACCCAAAGAAAAAAUUAAAACCUCACAGAGAAUUGAGGAGACAGCCAACUUCGCUGAACAGCUCAAGAAAAGCAUGAACAAGCGCAAUGACAUUGAUUGGACCAAGUUCAAGGACAUUCCAAGUGUCACCGGCCACUUCCUGAUAAUGGCCCUGUAUGGGAUUAGCUGUCGGUUUGCCUCAUCCAAUCUCCUGGCCACUUUGGCUCUGUCGUUGCUUAUGAUUAUUCAUGUCAUCUGGUUUGCAACGAAUUCACGCUGACGUGUCUGUUUUGAACAGAAUGAAAGAAGUGAUCUCGGCUUAUGAAGAUUGAAAUAUUUUGGCAUACUGUGUAGUGUGCUCAGAUAAACAUACAGAAUUUGGGAAUUGAACUUUGGUAGUAUAGGCCCACCAACCAUUCUUACUAUUUCUACACUGCUACAACAAUGAAUGCAUAAUUUAGUACAUUUAGUUUAAAUGAGAAAUGGUUACAAUAAAAUAUUUUGGAAUAACUUUCCAUCUUUCGCUUGUGUUUAAGAUGGAUGCAAACAACGCUUUUGGAGCCCAACGUAUUUUGUAUCAUUUCAUUGUACUUUUCCUGUGUGCAAGUCUGUCACUGGUACAAGCCAAAGUUUUUUCCCAGCGUUUGGCAAAAAGUGUGAACAAAACCAAUAGACUGGACUUUUAUUUCUUUUAGAAAUUGGGAUUGCUACUCAGAGUUAAAUCUGCUCUGUCAGGGUUGUUUUUUUUUCCAAAUGAGCUCCUCUGGACAUGCCAUACUAUCAGAGCAAAACGUUCAGAAAACCACCAUUUUAUAUCUGUAAAGUUUAUGCAGCUACAGAUUUUUAGGCAAAAUUGUAAAAUUAUGCGUAUAUAUAUUUGGCUGUAAUUUUCACACCUUUUAUUCUUUUGCAGCAGUUUGUUCAUUACACUAGAAUUACAAUUGUGUGUAUAAAUCAGUAUCGGCAUAGUGAUCUGGUUUGUUGUGCCUGUCAUGAAUUUCUUUGUGUACACUGUUUUGUAUAAACCGAGUCUGUGAGUGUAAGAGUAAGAGCUUAAUGCUGACUCUGACAGCUCAAAUUCCAUUAGAUGGAUGUGUAUUAGCUGCAUUUCCAUCAACGUCCCCUAUUUGUGGUCAUUUAUCAAGUGUGGUACAUGUUUGAAAAGUUCUAAAAAGAAGUUACAUUUUUGCCAUGUACACAGUUAACAUACUUUUAUAGCUGCCAAUUUCCCAGCGUGUGCUGAUUCUAGAUCUCCCAUUUUUGGAGAAUUAUAUUGUGGUUGGUUUUGAGUACCAUAGUGUAUAUACCUAAAACUGAGAGGAAUGAUAACCAUAUGUACUAAUACCAGUUGCUUUUUUUCUGACUUGCAUAAAAACGUUCUAGAGAAGUUAUAUGUUGUCUUGUGAGCAAUAAACAUACUUUAUGAACAUUAUGGCUGCCAAUUUCCCAGCAUGUGCUGGUUCAAGGUCUCCCAUCUGUGAAGGAUUGUAGUCAGUUUUGAGUCAUGUACUAAGUAGAUCUACUGCCAAUUUCCCAGCAUAUGAUGGUUUUAGAUCUCCCAUAUUUAUGUUGGUUUUGAGUAAUGUAGUUUAUUUAUACCAAAACCCGAGAGGAAUAAUAACCAUAUACAUGUGCUAAUGCCUGUUGUUCCUGACUAGUAGUGGUAGGAUUUUUUGUACCGUAUUGAAACUUUCCAUUUUCCAAAGUCUCCGAACCUACACAUGUACAAUCGGCUUUUUGUGCAUGUUGGUUCUGAGUCCAAGGGAUCUUCCUGCAGCAAAAUGCUGUUUCUACAGUUUUAGUUUGUCUCCAUUUGCAGAACAUGAAUGGUUGGCUUCAACUUUUUGUCCUUCUGUUACCAACCCAUGGUUUUAAAAAAAUGGAAAUUAACGAAAGAAAGUACGUAUGUGUGUGAGUUGAGGAAGAGGAAUGCCUUUUUUUUUUGGUUAUAUAAAUGUGAACAGGCUGAUAAAGGAUUGUACUGUGUUUUUUCUCUUUAUAUAUAUAUAUAUAUAUAUACCAUGUUUUCAGCUGAUUUAGUUGUCCAUUGGGACAAAAAGAACCUUUUUUUUUAUAUGUUUGUGAAAGGGACUUAUGGUACAGUACUUUUGAAGGGUGUUGGCACCAUUUCCUGCUGUGUGCAGUAGUUGCCCUGUAAUUGCUCAGUUUCCAUAGAAAGAUAACAGUUAACAUGUUCCCUGUUUUUCUGUUUUAGUGGCUACAAAGCCAGUGACAGAAUCAUGAUACCACUUGUAAUACCUUUUAAUUGUUUUACUAAUGAACUUUUGAUUUUUUAAUUAACUUUUUUUUACUUGGUGUAUGUGUGUGUGGUGAAUUAUUGAGUAGUGCAAUAAAUAUACCCUUUUUAUAUGACUUUAUCUAUGUGCAUAAACCAAUAGGUCCUGAUGUAAAUGUACAACAGCCUCAGAUGAUUUUUGUCUUUAGACGAAACACUGAAUCAUGGAUAGAAGUCUCCACCAACCCCUGUUCUGUUCGUCUCAGGGAAAAGUGUUUGUGUUCACCUCGUGUUCCUGACACCGACAUUCUGGUCUGUGGGAUGGGUCAGUCACUCCUCUGUUUCAGUCCUUUCGGAGGUGGACGUUAAACUUGGAGGUCCCGUCCCGCCUCUUAAAUAACCUACUAGUGUUGAAAGGGCCGUUAAACCCAUACCGUUUCUUUUUUUACUCCUCUGUUGUGUAAUUAAGAUGCGAUUCAAAAAUGUCCUUAGCAUCAUCGGAAGCACAAUCAAUUUUUUUUAAAGUACAUUGGAUGCUAUUUUUAAGGAAUGAAGUGUCUUGUGUGCAAAGAGUAGGAGUAAAAGUUUCUUAUGGAUGCCUCUAUUUCAACUACUCAGUGUAACGCAAGACUCAGUCAUAUAACUUUUCAAAAUUGCAUAUAUAGCAGAGUCCUACACCAAGCAGUUGAUUUGAGGAAUGAAACAAAUAGUGAGGCAGCGUGGUGAAAUCAGGCGCUCGUCAAUUUUUGGGAAUGUGGAGUUAUUGGUACCAUCUUAAAUUUAUUCUAUUGUCUUGCUUCAGACGGAAAAAAAAUCCAGCUGUCUUUAAUAGAAGUCGAGAUAGAAUCUAUAUAUGCGAGUGAAGAAUGUGGGAGGCGUCUGAUUUCAGAGGUAGAAUUAGCGAGAAAAUGGCUGUCAACGUUAGGUAACUUUCUUAGUUUGAGAGACCUUGGAAACCAAAAGCUUACAUUUUUUAUGCCUUUAAUCAAUGUAUUUCAGUAAAAUCCACACAGAAAUAUGUUUUUAAAUAAAUACAAAAGGUGUUAAACCAUAAGAACAAAAAUUGUAUAAAAAUGCCGUUAUCUUUGAUUACAUAUUUUGACGAGUGCCUGAUUUCACCACGAUGCCUCACAAAUGUCCUCACCAGCUGUCGUAGGGACGUUGAAAUGGAAGCUGAAAGAUAACAGAUGACGGUGAUUUAGGUAGCAGUGCACUAGUUGUACUAUUUUUGCUUACAACAGAACAAGGACUUUUUGUGCCUCUGUCAUUCUGUUGGCUCAUAAGCUUUGUCUGAAUUUGUAGAUUUUUGCUAUCAUGUGUGCAUGUCGCAGUUGACUCCCAGAGACUCCCCCCUCCCCCGUCUGCCCUAGCAAUAAUGAUGAGUGAUACCAUUUUUUAGAUAUACACCAUACACUUUAUUUAUAUAUACUGCAACGUGUUUGAGUGUGUGUCCACUUACUUAUGUACUGUUUGUGUCCUUGAAUGGGCUGUCCGCAUAUUUAUUUGGUGUAAAAUAGCAUUUAAAUUGUAUAUAUAUAGUGGCCUACCCUAUGUUUUGCCUUUGAUGGAGUGGGUUUUUUUAAAAACCUUUGUGUGUUAAAGUACAGUGUAGAAGUGCUGCUCCUUUUCUAUGUGUGCGAUUUGAAAUUGGUUUUGUUUUGAAGUUGUUGGUUUGUUUGUUUCGUUGUUUGUUUGGGGGGGGGGGGGGGAUGGGUCAUUUUACACCAGGUUAUGGGGAUUUUGAAGGUACUUAUUUCCAUGACUUGAUUUGCCACAUGUUGUGUGCUCCAGCUCAAUGAUAAUGCAGAUACUGUGGUAAAUGGUAGUGGUGUUUAUAUGCCCAGAUAGAUAUUUGCGUACAGUGAGGAAGUUUCAGGUCUAUUUUAUUUAUUACAGUGUUGAAAAUUUGUAGCAUUUAUUAUGACUUUAAGAAAUUGUUAAUCCUUCCGUCGUCAUAGGGUAAUAGCCAUUUUUACCCUGGAGCAUUAAAUUGUAUUAUGGUGGGGGGUGAAGGCCCACAGUGUUGGAGGCCUUUGAGACUCACUAUGAGGUUUUUUUCUCUGGGUGCAUGCAUAUACAUUUGAAGCCACCAUUUCUUGCAGUGGCUUAUUUGGGGGAGGGGAUGUCUGUUUUAGAUUUGAAGAAAACAUAAACUUUCCAAGUCUGGAAACCUCAUAAUAAACUGUCUGUCUGCUUUUACACAGAGAGAGAGAGAUAUUAAUUCUUUUUCGUAUACAUGCUAAUGUUGAAUCCAGAAUGCAAAACAUUUCCAUAACACUUUAGAAGCAGGUCAUGACUGAAAGUUAGUGCCACUCCAGGCCCAGGGUGUUAGGGUUUUGCAACAAGCUGCUGAUUUGUUUGUUUGAGUAAAGAGAAGCACGUAGACACAAUAAUGGUCAUUUAGUGCUGGAAAAAACAGACAGACAGACAGAAACAACUGAGGGGAAAAUGAAGAAGUAGGACCUAACAAUGGCGCUUUCCAACCACAACAAGCUUUUGAGUUGAUUUAGUUUCAAGAAGAACAUUUUGAUGUGAUAGUUGUCCUUGUGGUUUCUUUUCCCCACAUUAAUGCUUUUUAUAUACUCAUUUUACAUGGAUUUGAGUAUUACUAUUAGUAUUAAUGUAAUUUAUCUUUUACAUGCAAAUACAAGUUAUUUGUUUUAAUUACUCUGCUAUUUGUCUUAUUUGACUGGCAAAUGUUCCUUCACAAUGAGUUUAUUCCCUGUCACUUCAUGUGCACAAUGACUAUGUACCUAUGUAUAAACUAUUGGUUUUGAAAUCAG